AUGGCGAAUGACAACGGAAAUCAAGUUGUUCCGAUGAAGCUUAUCAAGGAAGAUAUUCCUGAUCUGCCAGAUGAAACUCCAAAGAAUGAAAGCUUUCUCUAUGUGUCUUGUUUUGGAAUAUCAAGUUUGUUGUAUCUGUUGUCACAUGGUGUGAUUUGUUUCCUUGGAUGUGCUAUAGAGCAAGCAGGGAAGUGUAAUCUUUUCAAUGGAGAUUGGAUUCCUGAUCCAUCUGGUCCUGUUUACACGAACGAGACAUGCAAAUUUAUUGAAAGCCAUCAGAAUUGUAUGACGAAUGGCCGGCCUGAUACUGGUUAUCUUUACUGGAGGUGGAAUCCACGUAGUUGCCAGUUGCCUCGGUUUGAUUCACAUAAGUUUCUUCAGUUAAUGAGUAAUAAAACAUGGGCAUUGAUCGGUGAUUCAAUUUCAAGGAACCAUGUCCAAUCAUUUCUUUGUGUACUCUCAAAGGUAGAGGAAGCCAUUGAAGUAUACCAUGACAAGGAGUACCGGUCCAGGAGAUGGUUAUUCCCCUCAUACAACUUUACCGUUUCAGUUAUUUGGUCCCCCUUUCUGGCACAAGCAGCUAUAUUUGAAGACUACAACGGAGUUUCCACAUCUGAGAUUGAACUUCAUCUCGACAAGCUUGAUGCGAGUUGGACUGAUCAGUUUAACAAUUUUGAUUAUAUGAUAUUUGCAAGCGGUGAGUGGUAUGUCAAAACUGCAAUCUACUAUGAAAACGAUACAGUAGUGGGCUGCCACUACUGUCCCAAAAGGAACUUGACCGAGCUUGGUUUCGACUUUGCGUACCGUAAAGUUCUUGGAAAUUUUUUCAACUAUCUUCUCUCAUCAAAUCACAAAGGCAUGAUGUUUUUUAGGACCGCGACACCAGACCAUUUCGAGAAUGGUGAGUGGUUUAGUGGUGGACAUUGUAAAAGAACCAAACCGGUGAAGGAAGGUAAGUUCAAUUUGACCGAGAUUAACAAGAUUCUACAUGAAAUCGAAAUAGAGGAAAUUGGAAAAGCUACAGCUAAAGCUUCUGAGACGGGUUUGAAUCUAAAGCUUUUCGAUGUAACUGCCCUUUCAUUAAUGAGGCCCGAUGGGCAUCCAGGUCCGUACAGGUAUUUUCAACCGUUUGCAAAAGAUAAGAAUGCGAAAAUCAUCAAUGACUGCUUGCAUUGGUGUUUGCCUGGACCUAUAGAUGCUUGGAAUGAUAUGCUAAUGGAGAUGGUGUUAAAUGGUUAAUUUCAUAAACUUGUGAAGUGGAAGUUGUUUCUUGAGCAAAUAGGCAGACCAGUUCAUUGAGAUGGCAUUUACUGAGAACAGACAUUGCUCGCUUGUGUAUCCUACUCUGUGAUGUGAAUACUAGAGAUUUAAGCCACACGAUGGGUGCUGCUCGCGACCAUGUUCCUCGGGUUAAGCUUCAGUUUGCUUAUAUAUAAUUUUUUUCAUUGGGGAAGUUCAUCUUAAUUAUAAUGUUGUUCAUUGAUUCUCAUAUAUAUGAUUUUUCAGGAAUCUGUAGUGGGAUUUAUUUUUGAGGGGAUUUGGAAUAUAUAUAGAGAUCUGAAUCAAAUGAGAAUUUGAUGAUGGUGAGUCACAGAUUGUGUUGUACACUUAUAAAAUUAGCAAGUCACAUGCUAAGAUAGAUUGGUGCAGUUUUCCACUAAUUACUUAUUUGAUAUUACAAACUUUUGAA